AUGAAGAUCCUCCUCAUCUUCACCUUUUACCUGAUCUCAGGUUCAGUGAGCUGCUUUGAUGUGAUUGGCUACCCAGGAGGUAAUGUCGUAAUAUACUGCAAACACAAACAGUAUGGAUUGAAUGCUAAGUAUUUCUGUUCGAAAUCAUCAAACCAGUGUGUGUAUCUCAACCAAAUACCGAACACAUGGAGUCAUACAGACAGAUUGUCUCUAUGUGACUCCAGUGAAGUUCUUACAGUGAUCUACAGAAACCUGAGUUUACAGGAUGCUGGAUCAUAUCGUUGUGGAGAGGCUGGAGUGUGGAGUCAUGAUGUGAACCUGAAAGUGAAUGAAAAUCCAUGUUGUUUGGGGCCAAAGACUGUGGCUGGUUAUCUGGGAGAGACUGUCACCAUCAGCUGUUCAUAUCCAGAGGAGUUUAAAACAAACUACAAGUACUUACUCAAACAGGAUGGCCAUGAUUUUAAUAUUGUAAUAGACACCACAGUAACUAAGAGAGGCAGAUUCUCCAUCUCUGAUGACAGAAGUUCUUCAGUUGUCAGUGUGAGAAUCAGUGAUGUGAGAGAAGAUGAUGGAGGAGUUUAUUUCUGUGGAGUGUUGAAUGAAGGAGAAUCAGUCAGUUAUUACUCCCUCUACACAGAGACUCAGCUACAGGUCACUGCAUCCACAGCACCAACAUCGGUCCCACAUGAUGAAGACCAUUUCAGAAAGAGCUCCUAUAAGCCAAGCUCCUCUGUCAGCAUCAUCUCUCUAUGUGUCUGUGUGGUUCUGCUGCUGAUUGGAGGUUCAGCACUGAUCUACUAUAAAAUGAGACACAAGAAGCACCAAGACGCUGAUCGUUCACCUGGGACACAGAUGGAGGACAAUAAAGAGGUUGAUGGUGAUUAUGAAAAUGACCAACCUACGGACCUGAACCACAUGAGUCCAGUCUACCAGAACUCCAACACCAACCAAUCAGAUUCAGUCUACCAGAGUCUUGACCCUGAAACCAAAGAACCAAAUUCAGUCUACUACAGUCUGAAGCCCAGUGCUGAUUGA